UCAUUCAGGGCCAAAGGUGGUGAGGAGAAGUCCUGUAUAAAGGUGGCAGCCGUGGCAAAGGACAGGCUGCAGCAGCAAGCAGGCCAACUGACACUCCUGGUUUCAUCACCUUCUACUCAGAAUGCAAACUUUGGCAGCUUUGUGCGCUCUUUUGUCACUCCUCUUUUCUGCUCAUGCAGAUGUUGUGGAGCGUUUUGAGUAUGUGCCAGAAUGCAUGACUUACUUUUAUAAGGCAAAGGUGCCAGAAUGGGGAGCGUCCACCCCAGGCGCUGCCCGUCUGUGUCAGCGCUUCGUCAACAGGUUUCAUUUUGCCACAUUGUAUGACACCAACCAUCGCAUUGCUGUCUAUUCUGCGUAUCAGUUUGAGCCCAGCAGUGGAGGUGGCAGGGAGAACAGGUGGUUUGUGGAGCCUCAGCUGGUGAAUGACGGCUGGCAAGCUGAGAUGAAGGAUGGAUACUGGCUGGGGCAGGACUACCCCGACAUCUACCUCGGAGAGAAACAAGCUCUGAACGAGGACUACACAAACUCUGGCUUUGACCGUGGUCACCUCAACCCUAACGGACACCAUCCAGUGCCCAGUCGUAAUGCCACGUUCACCCUGACCAACGUAUGUCCCCAGAACCCCAAAAUGAAUCAAGAUGCCUGGAGGAUCCAUGAGUCUGACCUCACCACUCUUUUCCUUGAAAAGUGCUCAAAGGCCUACGUCCUGGUUGGUACUGUGCCUUCAGCAGACAACUGGAUUGUCAAAAACAACGUGAAGCGCGUCAACAUCCCAGACUACGUGUGGAAUGCCUACUGCUGCGUGGACAACAACGACCAGCCCAUUCAGAGUGGCGCUGGUACAGCAAGAAACACAGACGAGAACUAUGUUGUAAAACGUUCACUGGAUGAACUGGGCGCCUUCCUGCAGCAGUUUUCCAAUGAACCAGUGGGGGAGCUGUUUUACAACAACUGCAGAGCAUAAAUAAUUGGCAGCUGAAAAUCUCAAUGUGGCUCCCCAAUGUUUUAGAUUCCAAACUAUAUAUUUGAACAACCAGCCUGAAAAUCAAACUUCUGCAGCAGCUUAAUCCUGUUCAGAUUUUUAAUGGGGCCAGGGCUUACCAGCUUUCACACAAAAUCACAUUACAAUCCAAUUUAAAAUUAGAUUAGGAAUUUAAGUAUUUAGAAUGUAAAUCAGAAAUACUAAGCGUAUUUUGGCAUAAUUACAACCAUUAGAUGGCAACAAAGUGUCUUCAAUAUCAUCUUUUGUACAUGUGGAUUUGCAUCAAGAGCUUCUGAUGGACAUCAAAACCCAAAGUGGCUUGAUGUGAAUUCAUAGCAAUAUUUAUAGAAAAAGAGUUAAAGCUAAUGAAACAACCAUUUACCUAUUUACCAAGAAUCAAAAUUAAUAAAAGCAUGUUUCACUGGACUUUUAUGACUGAUUAUUUGUGUCUAAUUUGAACAAUCAGAUGCCAGUGGAAAAUACGGGCACGUUAUAAGAAGUUCAGAGUCACCAUCUAUAAAUUUAAUUGUUAAUGUCACUCAGCACAAAACCAACAGGCUCAGGUCUACUUCAUAAGCCAUAAAAGAAGAUGGUGGCUGUACAAAUAUUCUGAAAUAAUCCAGCACACACAAUGUUGGCUGACAAACUGGGCAUUGAUUGGUGUCCCCAGGUGUUGUAAGGUUUGAGCUAGACCAAAACACAGACAGAAGUACAUGAAAAACAUGAUGAAUUAUAAUAUAAACAAAGAACUACAGCGAAGCAUGUGGUUUUCAUAUUAAUCUUGGUCUUUUAUGUAUUUGAAGUGUUGCUUCCCAGGCUGGAAAAAACCCUACAGACAAACUGAAUAAAUUUAUUAAUGAAUUGUG